AUGGCAUCAGGACUCAUCUUCAAUCCAAUCCACCUCCUCCACGCGGCACCCCUUGCGACCAGCACCGCGACACUCGCACACGCCCUGUUGGAACUAAUAACCAACUCCGCCUUCCUCCAACCACAUAUCCGCCAGCAAUCCGAACCAGUCCUCCCAACCUGGUACGACCAAGUGUUCGGACGCGCAGUAUGGACCGUUGUCACGCUGAAUCUGAGCACCAUCUCUGCAGCUGCAGCGACACUUCUACUGAACCGACAGCGACGUGAUCUGCAGACGCCUGUAUUCUACUGGGCGGGAAUGGCCGGUGCGAUUGGACAUCUGAUGUUCGUUCCAUUUGUGGCGGGGCCGGUGCAGCGCAUUGUGGAGGCGAAGGGGGAGAAGCCCGAGUCGACGCGCGAUAUGGAACGGUGGUUGAGUGUUCAUCGGGUGCGCAUGCUUGUUGCGGAUUUGCCGGCGUGGAUUGCAUUUGUGGGGGCUGUUUUGACUCUGUAA